GUCUCACCUGCGCUUGCUCUCUAUGGCAAAGAGCUUGUGCUCAGCCGUACUCUCGAAUCUGAGGGAACGGAUGCCACUGAAGGGGAAAGCGAGGGAGACGAGGCACGGAAGUUGGAGCAGUUGCAAUGUCGCAACACUGCCAUGACUGAGUUGGCUCGAAGAAUUGACGCCAACCUUGUGAAGGCAAAAGAGCGGGACAUCAAGAACUACGCCAACCGCACCUACAAGAACCAACCCCCGCGUCCCCGCGGACCCCGCCGUGCAACCCCUACCGCAGCCGCCCACGGGGCUACCACUGGCGUCCCGACAAGGGACAAGGCCAACGUCCCAGAGGCAACUACAGCUGCCACCACCGUCACCACGGAUGAUGACGUUAUGAUGGCACCCCCUACCAAGAAGAAGGCUGACCCCGGUAGCGCCGAUGAGCUUGAUGACCCCAGGGCGUGAAGGCCCGUACGCCUUCCAUUCUUAUGACAUCACAGGCACGCUUGUGAAAGUCACGGAUGGUGCGGGGUCAGAACUCAUUUUCCCCGUGCGACACUUACUUGCACAGCCCACGGCUGGAAAGUAAGGCAGUCCGACGGACGUCCAUAUGUCCCGGCAGACGUAAUCCACUUGGAUGAAGGUACCUGAUUGGCAUGCGUGUUGGGAUACAACAAGGGAAAGUAAGAGGCCGCAGGCACAGAAGAGAGUUGGGAAAGUGCCUGCAGAGAGCCCACACACCCGUUGGUGUGCCAAAACUUCCCAGGGAUGCGUGUGAGCGUGUAAGUUAUGCGGAGU